AUGGUGAAUUUCACUAAAUCUAGUGUGCACUACAGUGAACGAGUUCCUUGUAGAUUUCGCAGAAUACUAACGAGAAGACUAAAGGUGCAUAUGAUGCUUCCAAUUGAAAAAUACCUCGGGAUACCUCUUAUUAUUGGAAAAAAGAAAAAAGAGUCCUUUUCUCAUCUAUAUGAUAGAGUUAAGAACAGACUCUCAUCAUGGGAUGGUAAAACCGUGUCCCAAUGUGGUAAAUCAUUGAUGGUAAGAACUAUAACUAAUACUAUCCCGGCUUAUUCAAUGAGCUGUUUUCAGAUCCCUACAAAAAUCAUUAAAAAAUUUGAAGCUGCACAGAGAGACUUCUGGUGGGGUUUUGAGGAAAAAAGAGGCACAUAUGUUACAUCAUGGAAAAGUUUGAAGAUACACAAGGAUUGUGGUGGUCAAGGCUUUAGAGACUUGAAAAUAUUAAACCAAUCUUUAUUGGUCAGGGCAGCAUGGAAAAUUUUCACAAAUACUGACACGCAGUGGGGGAAAUCUAUUCAGAAACAAAUUGGCUUCAUUAAACAGAAUAGACAAUGGAGGCUAGGAAAAUGCGAUAAGGAACUAAUUCUUCAAGACAGCCAAAACUGGAAUACUGAGCUGAUUCAGCAUCUCUUUGAAGAACACACAGUGGAGUUAAUAAUGAGGAUGAGGAUUCCUUCUUUUGCUAAAGAUAAACUGAUUUGGAAGCUUACUAAUAAUGGAGCUUUUACGUUGAAAUAA